UGUGUGUGACUGUGUGUGUGUGUGGUUUCCUGUGUGCAGGUGAUGCAGCAGGAGUUCAACCACGCGGCGCUGUGUGGAAACAGAGCAGCAGCUAAAAGCAGAGCAGCAAACACACACACAGAGAAGAAGUCCAGACCUGCACAGAGACCCGCCCUGAACAGACUACCUGCUAAACCAGACUGGAGAGUCCCCCUCAGAGUCUACACCCCGCCCCCCCACAAAAGAGGACGAGCAGGCAGAGCGCUCUCAGGGCAGAACAACCACAGGUUUAACGAGCAGCAGCCGCUCAGCCAUUACCAGCACUACCACGCACAGCUGGACGCCUUCCAGAGGAGGAACCAGGAGGACGUCCUUCCUCCUCCUCUUCCUCCUGCUCCUCCUCCUCUUCAGGAGCACUGUGAGGACCUCGCUGUGGAACCGUACCAGCUUGUGGCUGCAGCUCGUAACGAGUACCUGCAGAGGAGACACGACGCCAACCAGUACAAACUGAGAGCAGAGAAACAGCUGGGUCUGCGUCCGUGUACCGCCGAGCGCAACAGGAAGCCCGGCGGUCCGGAGCAGGAAGUUGGACAACCUUCACACCAACAUGCUCCUCAGGACAGGAAGCAGGAGGGACGGCAGGAGUACCUGCGGCAGCUGGAGGCCAUCAGACAGCAGUAUCAGCAGGAGAUGAGACAGAUGAGGCUGAGAGCUGAAGCAGAGGCUCAAGCACAACACAAACAAGCAACCUUUGUGGUGGAGAAACCCAGAGAGCCUCCUGCAGACGGUAAAGAGCAGCAGAGAGCUCCACCUGCUCAGGACGUUGGAGCUGCUCUGAGGAAGAUCAGAGAGGAGCACAGAGCUCAGAGGAGGGCGCUGGAGAGGAAACACAAAGACAAGAAGGGAAUCAUGUUUGAGAUCCGGCUGGACGAUGAAGAGAUGAAGGAGGAAGAGGAGGAGAAGGUGGGUGAUGGUCAGAUGCAGGAGGAAGUGGAUCCUCUGAACCAGACUCUGAGCUUCCAGGAGGGCGAGGAGUUGAAGCUCAGGGAUUGGUCGGAGGUGAGGAGGGGGUGGAGCCAGAGGACUCCUCACACUCUGCUGGACGCGCUCGCCAACAUGGACGUCAACUCCGUCUCCAGCACGGCGGUGGAGGCUGAACGAG